CCCCACCGGAAGCGGAAGUGGUGGUACCGGAAGAUGGCGGCGCUGGGGCGACUGGCGGGUUUGGGGGCGGUGAACAGGCUGCUUUUGGCUGCUCCGCAGGUGACUGCGGUUGCGGUGCGAUGCGCAUCCAAGAAGAGUGGAGGCAGCUCAAAAAAUCUCGGUGGCCGCAGCCCCGGGAAACGCUAUGGCUAUAAGAAAACAGAGGGCGCCUUUGUUCAUGCAGGCAACACAUUAGCCACCCAACGGAUAAUACGCUGGCAUCCAGGGGCUCAUGUGGGGAUGGGUUGUAACAAGACUCUCUAUGCUCUGGAGGAUGGGAUUGUGCGAUUCACCAAGGAGGUUUAUGUGCCACCACCCCGCAGCCCAGAGAGCAGGGAAGUGAUCUGUCGUCUACCAAAAGGGGUGGUGCUUUACAAAACCUUCAUCAACGUUGUCCCCACCAAAGAAGUGGGGAGCUUCAAGCUAGUCACCAUGCUCUGAGGCUCUGCUGCCCCACGCAGUAAUGACUGGUGGGGUGGGACUGAUCACCGUGACAAACCUGGCACUAGAUCAAAAAGAUCCCUGGAGGACUCCUCUAGAUCUGAAAUGACUUGUUGGCAACUCCAGUUUCCUGCUCCUAGAACUCAUUGGGUGUAAAUUUGAGAGUUACAAGGUAAUCUGGACUGCCCUGAAGUUUUUUGGAGAAAUAUAUAUCAAAUAGAUGUUCUGGGGUUCUCUAACA